AUGGCUAUGCAAGGCGACUUACACGCCCAUGGGGUAUACACUGAGCCUGCUGCUCCACGGCUAGAUGAUUGCCCAGGAGACUGGCAGCCGCCUCAUGGUGUCAUGGAGCAAGCAAGGCGAGGCCAUGUACUUCAUGGGCACGCCCAUCCCUAUGGACGGCCUACGGGCCAUGAUCGCGGCGAUGACACGACGGCCGAUGCGGAGGACCGGCUGUGGGGCUCGUUGGCACAUUCACAACGGCCUGACGAGAAAGAGGCGGAGUUGCUUGAAGAUUCCAUUGCAGGGCCGCAGAAGCAGGACUUCUUACACCGGCAAGGUGAGUGGAAAUGGUCAGGCAUCCGAAAGUAUCUGAGGCUGGUAAGGAAGUUCGAAGAAUUGCUGCUCGUCCUCGUCCACGUCACCGAAUGCCAGCUGGGUCGGGGCGAGGAGGUCACGGGACUGCGGCCGACUAAUGGCAUCAACUGGGACCAGAAUGUCUUGUCGCCUAUCGUGAACGAGCGGUCAUCUGGAGCCCAAGACAAGUUGCCUGGAAAGAGCGAGCAAAUGCCUUUAGUUUGA